AAAAAAAAAAAAAAAGCUAGCUGAUGUGCAUGGAGAGGUCAGGGUAGACUUGUAUCCAGAAGGAGAGGCAAACUCAGACAACUGCUCCCUGGAAGUUCUCCUUUGUGUAAAAUGACCCUAUCUGUGUGCGCGUCCUGUUGCGAAAGAGAGGCGGGGCCUGAUAGACACGAUUAGUACAUUUCCUGUGCUGCCAAGGAGUACAGCAGCUGCACACCACUGGAGAGCUUGGCAGGGAAAACAGGCUCUGCAGAAUCGGUGUCAUUAUUUACUGAGCGCGGGGGACUUCCUUUUCACGUGUGAUCCGCUUUCAUGGACUAACCGAGGCAGGAACCAACCGAGGAACGCCUGUGUUUUUAGCAGCCUCUUGCCUUUCACCCAAGUUGGUGAAACUUACUAGGCAGGCUCCGGGGCUGCUCCUGGGUGCUGUUGUUUCCUGGUCUUCGGCUCUUUACAAUCGUUCUCACCAGCUAAUUUCUCCCUGGGCUUUUUCUAAGAGUGAUUCUCGUUCGUAGACCGGAGCAGGAGCAGCCCGAUUGUUAACGCUGCACCCAGCCUUCUGGUUAUAUUGCUCUAUAGAAGAUGCACUAUUACCGAUACUCUAACCCAGAAAUCAGCUGUUGGUAUAAAUAUCUGCUUUUCAGCUACAACAUCAUCUUCUGGCUAGCUGGAGUUGCUUUCCUAGCAGCCGGGCUUUGGGCAUGGAGUGAAAAGGGUGUAUUAUCUGAUCUCACGAAGGUAACCCGUCUCCAUGGCUUUGACCCGGUGGUACUUGUCUUGGUGGUUGGAGGAGUGAUGUUUGUUCUGGGAUUCGCUGGUUGUGUAGGAGCACUGAGGGAAAACAUCUGCCUUCUGAAGUUCUUCUGUGGAGCAAUUGUACUAAUAUUUACAUUGGAGUUGGCUGUAGCAGUGCUGGCUUUCUUGUUCCAGGACUGGGUGAGGGACCGGUUCAAGGAAUUCUUUGAGAAUAACAUUAAAUCCUACCGAGAUGACAUCGACCUACAGAACCUUAUUGACUCACUGCAGAAAAUUGAACUGGACGGAAGUUACAAUUUUAACAGAUACCCUGGUAUAGGGCAAUGGUUUUCAAGCUGCGGAUCUCAACCCAGUCGUGGGUCGCGGAAUAACCAUUGCUGUGGUGCUCAGGGGCCAGAUGACUGGGAUCUUAACAUUUACUUCAACUGCAGCACUGAAAGCAAAAGUCGUGAGAAGUGUGGGGUUCCCUUUUCCUGCUGUGUACCUGAUCCUGCUCAAAAGGUUGUGAAUACACAGUGUGGAUAUGACAUCAGAGCACAGAAGAAAAACCGAUGGGACAACUUAAUUUUCACGAAGGGUUGUAUCCCUGCUCUUGAAGCUUGGCUACCCCGAAACAUCUACAUUGUUGCAGGAGCCUUCAUAGCUAUCUCAUUGCUGCAGAUUUUUGGGAUUUUCCUGGCCAGGUCACUGAUUUCAGAUAUUGAAGUUGUAAAGGCAAGUCAUCUUUUCUGAAGACAAAAGCAGACACCAGCUGUGAAGACCAAUACAUUUCACUGCUAUUGAUUUGACAUCAAGGUGAAAAGAAAUUGAGAGACACACGGGCCUUGGAGUGCUCCAGGUUUUAAAAGCCUUAUUUUUGUAUCAGCCAGAUGUUACUCUGCUUCUGCUUUUGCUGCAGGCUGGUGCAGAAAGAAGACACUGCUUCCUCCUCCUAAUCCUCUUCUCCCCAAUGCAACCUGUUUCUUUUUCCAAGGGGAAGACUAGAUUUAAACCUCUUUUGGUGUGGAAGACAUUUCUCUAAACCUAUGAGGGAUGGACUGAAAGACUUCAGUAAGCAGAAAUGGAAACUGCUGUAAACCAGUCCCUUACCUUGAAGAACUUGCUGCUGUAAGGCCUGUUUUGUCUUGGCUCCCAGCUACCAUCACUGGAGGUUGCAAAUGUUGCGUUCGUUAUGUGGAUCAUAGCUGCAUCUGUUGUGGUGUUUGUCAUGGUCUUAGAGGAGAGUGUCCUAAAGAUCGACAAUGACCCCAUUGAUGGAAUAGGCAACGGAGGUUACUUAACGUCUAUUCUCAAAACGUUGUAGUCUGUUCUCGAAACACCAAGCAUUUCAUUGCAUCCUAUGUAAGUGGAAGGCCCAGGCAGUUAUAUCAUUUGAUUAUUGGGAGUCAUGAUAGUCUUGGUAUUAGAGACUGUAAAGAAAUGUCAUUAAGUCUCCAGUUGUCAGAUGGAACCUCAGCUGAGCAGAAGUAGGGAAUGUCCCUAUAUGAGCUAAUGUAGAUAUUUCAGUAGGGACUCAAAUGCUUGAGUAACAGAAGCCACUUAUUUUGAAAGUUCUUGCCAACAUAAGUUUCUCAAGAGAGAGUAAUUUAAUUAUAUAUUGAUAGCAUAGUUGGAAAUCUUUUAAUGAGGGUAGGUGGAUUCUCUGAUGCUAUUACUCCUGUUUAGAUGUUUGUAAAUAGUUUUAAUUUAUCAAGGAGAAAAUCUCACCGUUUGCUUACACUGUUUUGUAGAGCAAUUACUUCUAAAAAGAGUGAUAUCUGCUGGGCUGAAGGCAUUUAACAAUUCUGCUUGGUACAAGAGAUCACUGAAUAUGCGAUUGUAUCUGUCAAGAGCUCUCUAGUCUGCCAUCUGUUCUCUUUCACACCUGUCCACUACACUGUUGUUUAUCAUCUUCUUUGACUGUUGAUUGCUAUAGUAGGACUAAAAAGACAUUCAAGGACAAGCUAAACUCUGUCAGACCUUUGAUUCAGGAUUUUCCAGGCUAGUCAAAAGCUAAUAUAAUAUACAUAAGAGUCUAGUGGAGCACUGGAGUUACUAGCAUUAAUUUAUUUUAAGAAAUUGUUUGAAUGCAUUGUUGUUUCCUGUUCCAUUUGUCCUUUGCUGCUCAGCCUUUCCUGCAAAAAUGCCAGAUCCAGUCAUGUUGAAGAAAUGCUCAGAGCUGUGCCUCCAGAAUAAUGCUUUAGGCCCUGGCCCAAAGUGAGUGCAACUCCCAUUGAAGUAAAACGGGUGUGGCUCCUGUUUACACCAGGGAUGAAAUUAAGUCCUUAUGACAUUUCCUGCAAACUGGUGUGCUUAAGACCUGAUCCAAAGUCUAUGGAGGCCAAUGGAAAGACUCCCAUUGACUUCAGUGGGCUUUGGAUCUGGCCUGUAGUGCUAGUCCAAACCGCUCUUCUGAUCUUCUGUGAAAUCAAAAAUCAGAGUACAACUAACUGUAAAAACUGAAAUGUGUGAUACAUAAUAAGGAACGCUUUUAAAUAGCUGUUGGAGUGUCAAUUUUACUAUGGGCUAUUUACUAACAAAACUGUUCACUGCUUGUAAUGGCACCCUAUUUUUCAGGGAUAGCAAUUAUUUGCAGUGCCUAAUGUUGUGUAAAUUCUAGUAAAGUAUAUAUUUUUGUAAUUAUAUUUUACUAUAUUGAUGCUUGUUUCCAAAGUGUUAUGCUUUCUUAGAAUGCCAAACUUCUGAUUACAUCUUUUUAUGUACAUGUGUUUAACCUUGUGUGUGUUAUCUAAGUAUUAAUGAGCAAUUCACUGGAAGAAAGGUGGUACCAGUAGGGAUCUGUACCAGCCUUUCUUGCAUGAAAGCUAGAAGAAGGCUGCUUUGACAUUCUGUGAAACAUUUCAUAGACAAUGCUGUAUUUUGUAUGUGGCUUUCAGCUGAGCUUUCAUGUUUCUUUUUCUGACCAAUGACUGAGAUGGAACGGGAAAAGGAAGCCUGUCUAAGAAUGGCUGAUUUCCUCAGAGACCGACACAGAAUACAGUGUCUAUUGUAUCCUUCUACAUGACCUGAAGGUAAAAUCUCCAGCCAUAUACUGGGAUUUUUUUCUUUGAUCUUCAACAAGAAGAAAAACAGUAAGUAGGAGAAGCUGGAAAGAGGGCAAAAGAAGCUGCUUCUACAGAGCCCUGAAACUGAAAUCUGUGCCACAUGUUUGCUGGAUCUAUUGCAGCGGUAACAGACUUAAACUCUCUGCUGAUAUUUGCAUUUAGUAGGUAGCACAGCAAUGUCUAUAAUUAUUGCUUCAAGUUCUUCCACUAAGAACAUUGGUUUGCAGCCCAAGACAACCCGAGGCUUAAAGCCACAUCAACCAAUUUAUGCUUGUGACCUGUGACAAUACAGUAAUCCAUUUAGUUUGAAAACACUACAUUCGGUUUGUGAAAUGUAGCCACCUGAAUUGCAUCUAGGGAAUAGAUUUCACUAUUCUCUGAACUUGUGAAGAGGUAGCACUUUCCUGAAAGACCAUAAAACCAACAGGCCAUUUCUUUAGCUGGGGAAAAUCAACACAGUUCCACUAGCUUCGUUGGAACUACCCCAACACCAGCUGAGGAUCUGGGCAGGUGUAAGAUCUCUCCGUAGUUCUCUGUAUCAUCAGGUUUCUUCUGCUUGCUUGAUGGCAAAUUAGUGUCUAACUCCUCUUGUCUUAUCAAUCGUGUCUUCUGUGCAAAACAAAAUUAAUCUGAAGUGUAGCUUUUCAUAAUUAGGUGCUUAUUCCUGUUGCUUUUACUACUGUUAACACUUAAAGUUAAUAGCAGCUAUUUACAACACUCUUGUAAAUAAUGCUUAAUGCCUCACAAAAGCAGAGAAAAGGGUUUUAUUAUCAUUUUUCACUUCUUUCUGCUUCUGAAUUUUCAAAAGUGCCUAAAUCCCACAUACAAAAGUGACUCGGGGAUUUAGAAGCCUAAGUGUAUUUAAAAGUGACUUUCAAUGUGGGACUUUGGCUCCUAAGUCACUUAGGUACUUCUGGAAAUUUUGUUCCCAGCCAUUUUAAAGAGCAGUUCUGCUGGCAGUGGCAAAUAUAGUUCGCAAAAACUAGAUCCCUGAAUUGAUAUGAAAGAUGAACAUUUGCCCGUUGCUUACUAAACACACCUUUAAAUAGAACAUCCUUUAUGAACCUGCAGUGCCUUAAUUGCUAGAGAUAUGUAGGUUCUGAUUGCCUGAGUCCUGCAAAGCUUAACCAGUUAACUGCUUAUGCUGCCUCUAAGGCUCCUAAUGAGGAGCAACUCAAAUCAUUCCACCGCCAAACUUCGUAAAUGCUUGAAGUUGAGAUCUCAACGGUAGCAUUCAGACCAAGUCCACCACACUACAAUAGAAACAAGUUCGUUUUUUGUUUUUUGUUUUUUUAAUGAAGAUAUCAGAUGUGAACUUUAACUUAUAUGACCUGAACUUGAGAGACAAAAGCAGAACUAAUGGACUGGGCUAUGAGACGACAUUUAAUUUCUAGGAAGUGAGUGCUUUUAUUUCUGGGAUACUUUAUCUUUAUUUAGUUUUUCACCGUUAUGAGUGACCGUGAUAAUGGGCUUUGGUCUCCGCUUAAUGCACCUUGAUUCAGACACACAACUGCUUACGGAUCAAGAUGAGAAUAGAUUCUUUUGUGAGCCCCAGACUGAGCAAAGCACACAGAAGUGUAUCCCCUUCCCAAAGGAGCACCCCUCUCCUGGGAAUCUGAACAAUCCACCCCAUGUUGCAAUGACCUUUUGUACAGCACAAGAAGGCUGGAGUGCGCUCCCAUCAGAGUCUGUCAAGGCUGCUCCACAACUCAGCCUGAGCUGUGUGUCAAGCUGCUCCCCUCUUUUCCAGAAGCUAGACAUGUAGCUUUAACAGUGUUUCUAGUCCACAAAAGGAUGGAUCAAACUCUGCUCCCCAGUUGGUUUCCCUGGGGUUUGGUUUCUUUUUCUUCCAAUACCUUUGUCUUCUAAGCCUUAAAAUAAAUUGACUUAAUAUAUCAAACCUCAUGUCUUUCAUCACUGGACCUGUGUUUUCUUUUCAGCUCUGAGACUUGUUGGAUCCAACCAUUUGUAAAUUGAGUGGUUUUUAUUGCUGAGGUUUAAAUUCUCUAUUGAUGCUUUUGAUGACCAGCACAAACAAAUGAGACGGUGUGCCUUUAGCAUACGUGCUUUUGUUAUGUUUUUACAUCGAGACCUUUUUAAUUCAUUCUUACGUUGCACUCCCAGCUGCCAAAUGUUGCUUAUGAUUUAUUGCACAGAUGCUUUGUAUGGUCUGCCAAUGUCAAAGAUUGUAAUUGAGUGUUGAAAGCCAGUGUAAAAGUGUUUCAAGGAGAACUGUAAAAUGCAUUGUAGAGAAACAGUGGCUAAAUUUGCAGUCCCUAAAAUUUGUAUAAAUAAAGUUAAUUUUCAUUACAUGUA